UUUUUUAAUUUUUUUUUCCCUUUUUCCCCUCUUUUUUCCCCUCUUUUCCUGCUCCUCCCGGGAUCCCUCCCGGCCAUGGAAGGCUCGGGACCCCCGGGAGGGGCGCGGGGGUCGCCGCCCCCCUGAAGCCUCGGCGGGAAAAGAUUCCCGUUUUUCCCGACGAUGGAAACCCUCCUGCUUCCUCUCCUCUUCUUCUUCUUCACCACGACCGCCUCCAACUCCCCUCCGUGCCCCAAGCGCUGCUCCUGCCAGAACCUCUCCCCUUCCUUCACCAUCCUCUGCACCAAAACCGGGCUCCUUUUCGUGCCGUCCGGCAUCGACCGGCGCACGGCCGAGCUCCGCCUGAUGGACAACUUCAUCACCGUCCUCCGCAAGCGGGAUUUCGCCAACAUGACCCAGCUGAUCCACCUGACGCUGUCGCGCAACACCAUCAGCCAGAUCAUGCCUUACGCCUUCGCCGACCUCAGGGGUCUCCACGCCCUCCACCUCGACAGCAACCGCCUGACGUCCAUUAACGAGGAUCACUUCAAGGGGUUAAUUAAUUUACGCCAUUUAAUCCUCAGCAACAACCAGCUGAGCUUCAUCUCGCCCAAAUCCUUGGACGAUUUCUUGGAGACCAUCGAGGAUUUGGAUUUGUCCUACAACAAUUUGGUGGACGUCCCGUGGGCGACGGUGGCCAAGCUGUCCAACGUCAACACGGUGAGUUUGGAUCACAACCUCAUCGAGUUCGUGCCCGAGGGGAUCUUUUCCAACCUCCACAAGUUGGCCAGGUUGGACAUGACCUCCAACAAGUUGAAGAAGAUCCCGCCGGAUCCGUUGUUCUCCCGCAUUCCCGUUUACGCCAAAUCCAAAGGUUCUCCGCUGAGCUCCCUGGUGUUGAGUUUCGGUGGGAAUCCUCUCCACUGUAACUGCGAGCUGGUUUGGCUGCGACGCCUGACGCGCGAGGACGACCUGGAAACCUGCGCCUCGCCGCCGGAAUUGAUGGGAAAAUACUUCUGGAGCAUCCGGGAGGAGGAAUUCGUGUGCGAACCUCCCAUGAUCACCCACAGGACGCCCAAACUCGCCACGGCCGUGGGUCAGAGCGCGUCCCUGAAGUGCAAAGCCGUGGGAGAUCCCGAUCCCUACGUGCGCUGGAUCGCUCCCGACGGGAAGCUGGUGGCCAACACCUCCAGGACGGUUUCCUACCAAAACGGGACCUUGGAUAUCCUGGAAGCGGCGCCGGGCGACCAGGGAACCUUCACCUGCAUCGCGUCCAACGCCGCCGGCGAGUCGACGGCGCCGGUGGAGUUCCGGGUGACGGCGGAAGGGAACGGGACGGAAUGCGAGGAUGAGGAGGGGGGGAAAAAAGCGGGAACGGGCGGGCCGGAGCCGUCGGAUAUCCUGAUUUCCGCCAAAUCCAGCUUUUCCAACGAUUCCAAGCUGGAGAAGGGGGAGAGAGGGGGGGUGGUGGUGGCCGAGGUGACGGCGACGUCGGCGUUGGUGCGGUGGCCGCCGCAGGAGGAGCUGGAAGGGUUGAGGAUGUACCAGAUCCAGUACAACAGCUCGGGAGAUGAGAUCCUGGUUUAUCGGAUGAUCCCGGCCCCCAGCGCCUCCUUCUCGCUGUCGGACCUCGCCCCGGGCCGGGAUUACGAGCUCUGCGUCCUGGCCGUGUUCUCGGACUCGCGGAGUUCCCUGCCGGCCACGCGGCCCUUGGGAUGCUCCCGCUUUUCCACGCGGCCGGAGUUGCGGCCCUGCCGCUCGCUGCAGGCGCAGUUCCUGGGCGGGACCAUGAUCAUCGUCAUCGGCGGCAUCAUCGUGGCCUCGGUGCUGGUCUUCAUCUUCAUCCUCCUCAUGAAGUACAAGAUCCACAACAGCCACCCCAAAUCCAAGGGCAGAUCCAACGUCUGCUCCCAGACCAACGGAUCCCAGAGCGGAUCCAUGGGCAGGUCCAGCUCCAAGCUGGGGGGGAGCUGGCAGCAGCUGGAAUGUUCCGGAAGCGGCGGGAAGGGGAGGGGAGGGGAGUGGGAAGGGGAGAAGGGGGAAGGGGCGGAGGUGGGGUCGUGA